CAGCCUUAAAGGACGCCCCUAAUGACCUCCACCAUCAGGCUCCGCCAACUGAGAUAGUGUGUCCUGAGAAUUCCUAAGAAACAUUCAGUAUGAGGGUAUUUAUUAUUCUAGAAUUGCUCACGCUGGCCACUGGUGGUAGCCGUAUCUCAGCUUCUUGACAGCGUGACUCCUUUGGCUGCGAACGCACGAUUUGGAAAUCGUCGUGCGAAUUCGGAAUGGCUUCUCAUGGCUUGCCAGUUGCAGGAGCGAGCGCCGUUCGACUUGGUUUCUGGUUCAAUCACGACCACGAUGGCUGGUCUGGGGCAACAAUAACGCUGCGCAGUCGGGAUUCCGUAGUGGUGAUGGCUGUUCUGGCGACCGUCGUGGGCUUGACCGCGAACCGGAGCUGGGCCAUCUGCCGUUUCUUCCUUCAUCGAUUUGCUCGGCCGAUGGAGUCGGACACAACAAUCAAAGCCCGUUUGGGAAAACAAGAGCAGGUCAUUUUACGGAACUCGGAGACCGCUGGAAGCGCCUUGCUAGGCAUCCUUCGCCUGGUAUGGGCACAGAGAAAGAUGUCGGAACACAUUCACAGGAUCCCUUGGAAACCCAUCGUUUUGAGUGCCGUUAUGCUCGCUCAUUUCGCUGCAUUCAUCGCUGCCGGAGUGUUGACUUCACAAGUCUUUAGUGCCAGAAGGACGGUGAUCUCCAAGAACACAGCCACUUGCGGCCAAUGGCAGCAUAUAGCCGUCGAAAACGAUUCGCCUGACCUUCCCUCACUGCUUGCCAACGCUUACGAAGUCCAGUUCACCAAGAGUGAAGAGGCCCACAACUACGUGCGCAACUGCUACAGCCAAGGAUCGUCGCGAGGCAUCCUCGACUGCGGCAAACUGGCUACCCGAUCGAUACCAUUUACGGUGAAGCACGAUGCCGAUUGCCCAUUUCAAGCUGGGGCCUGUUUGAAUGGGCCGAACUCCGCAGUUGUGUUUGACUCUGGCAACAUAUCCCUUCAAGAUCUAGGUAUCAACUUCAGACAGGCAAAAGAAUUAUUUGUUCGUCGGAAGAGUACGUGUGCUCCAAUGUCCGACGAACCCUUCCUAGGAAGAGUUUAUACAAACCAGGAUCAAGGAUACGAGCACUUGGGUUCGCAAGCAACUGUCAGAGAAUAUGAAUUCUAUAAUAGUUCAGAGCCCGGUGAUGGUGGCAAAUAUAUUUUUCAACCCGAACGUUCCAGUUACGGCUACGAUCUCCAUUCUUUUUACACACCGACCUCACCUAAAUACGCUUGGAAACCACCGUUCUUCUCUCACACCAACGAUAGCGAUACAAGCCUAACAUUGUUAAGAGGCUCUGGGGUUCAAUUCAUGCAUCCGUCCGAUGAUCCGGUUUUCGCCGCCCAUGAGGUUGCUGAGGUUAGCAAAAGUUCUGGCGGGAUCCCACCUGAUUACACGGCAUAUAAGAUGGACCAUUUUCUGAACAUCAUCGCAUGCCACGAAACCGCCCAGUUCUGCAGCUCCAUCACCGGACAAUGCAGUCCCUGGGCUGGUCUCAACACGAAGCGAAGGAUGCAAAACAUAUUAGGGGAGCUCUUGUUGGAAGGCAAGCCGAAAGAGGGCACUGAGGCGAUCUAUGCAACCAGUUUAGUGACCUUUCUUCUUGGCCAUACCUCGAUCCCGUACAGUAUUGCCGGGCGCCCAGCUGGGUCCGUUUAGCAAGCCGCUCGGUACCUGAAAGAGGAUACCCAGAUGAAGCUGGAUCCUGAGCAGUGGAAGGUUGAGCUCAAAUACUGGUUCUCCGUGGCGCUUGCGAACCUGCAAUUGGAAGUGUUCAAUUCUAUCGAGAAGCCGGCCAACCUAAACACCACACUUUCCUUCAAUACGUGGGA